AUGUCAUGGCGGCCGCAGUAUCGCAGCUCCAAGUUCCGGAACGUCUACGGCAAAGUGGCCAACCGGGAGCACUGCUUCGACGGGAUCGCGAUCACCAAGAACGUCCAUGACAACCACUUCUGCGCGGUCAACACCAAAUUCAUCGCCAUAGUAACGGAGAGCGCUGGCGGGGGCUCCUUCCUCGUCAUUCCGCUGGAACAAACUGGCCGGAUUGAGCCGAACUACCCCAAGGUCUGCGGCCAUCAAGGCAACGUGCUCGAUAUCAAGUGGAACCCUUUUGUGGAGAACGUCAUUGCGUCCUGCUCAGAAGACACCUCAGUGCGGAUAUGGGAGAUCGCAGACGGGGGGUUGAAGCGCAACAUGACGGAGGCCGUCCUGGAGCUGUACGGCCACAGCCGGCGCGUCGGUCUCAUCGAGUGGCACCCGACCACCAACAACAUCCUCUUCAGCGCAGGAUACGACUACAAGGUCCUCAUCUGGAACCUGGACAUCGGUGAGCCUGUGAAGAUGAUCGACUGCCACUCGGACGUCAUCCUGUGCUUGUCCUUCAACACGGACGGGAGUUUGCUUGCCACCUCCUGCAAAGACAAGAAGCUCCGGGUCAUUGAGCCACGGUCCGGCAAAGUCCUCCAAGAAGCCAACUGCAAGAACCACCGCGUGAACCGGGUUGUCUUCCUAGGAAACCUAAAGCGCCUUCUCACGACCGGAGUUUCACGGUGGAACACCAGGCAGAUCGCCCUCUGGGACCAGGAAGACCUCUCCAUGCCCUUAAUAGAAGAGGAGAUCGACGGUCUCUCCGGGCUCCUGUUCCCUUUCUACGAUGCCGAUACACACAUGCUGUACCUGGCGGGCAAGGGAGACGGGAAUAUCCGCUACUACGAAGUCAGUACAGAGAAGCCAUACCUCACCUAUCUCAUGGAGUUCCGCUCCCCGGCCCCACAGAAAGGCCUCGGGGUGAUGCCGAAACACGGCCUGGAGGUGUCCGCGUGCGAGGUCUUCCGCUUCUACAAGCUCAUUACCCUCAAGGGGCUGAUUGAGCCCAUCUCCAUGAUUGUCCCCAGGCGGUCGGAAACGUACCAAGAGGAUAUUUACCCCAUGACGCCGGGAAUAGAACCGGCCCUCACCCCGGACGAAUGGCUGAGUGGAACCAACAGAGAUCCCAUCCUGAUGUCUUUAAAGGAAGGCUACAAGAAAACAUCCAAAGCAAUUUUCAAGGCACCUGCAAGGGAGAAAAAGAGUGUCGUCGUGAAUGGAUUCGAUCUCUUGGAAAACGUACCACCCAGGACAGAGAAUGAGCUCCUCCGCAUGUUCUUCCGGCAACAGGAUGAGAUCCGGCGGCUGAAGGGGGAGCUGUCUCAGAAGGAUAUCAAAAUCAGACAGCUACAGCUGGAGCUGAAGAACCUGCGCAAUUGCCCGAAGAACAAUGAACUCUAGGGGACACUCUCGAAAACAAACUUUGUUUCUACCCAGUCUUUAAUUCUCCUGUCCCCACUUAACACAAGAUACUACGGGCCAGAGACGGUUGCGCAAGGAGCCCUGAGUUCACUGGAAAGUCCGUGCUUCUUGUGUGGUCUUUUAACUCGCACUAAAAAGGCGCUCCCCCCUCCCCCUGGUAUAGCUGAGAAUGACAGCAUGAAAGAGUACGAGGUUUCUAUUUACAUCCCAGAGUUUCUCUUGGAGUGAGUAGGAGAAUCAGUUUUGUUUCUCAAUGCUGGGGGGGGAAAAGUUGCGGAAUUAACCAAAGGGCACAGGUCUUAAUGUAAACCUUA